AUGUCCGGGGAUGGACGGAUCGUCUUUCUCAAAGUGUUUUGCUGCUUUAACCACCACCACCCCUCAGAUGCUGAAGGCCGGCCCCACCCCUUGACGAAUGACUCAGCCUGUGGGACUUGGGUAGCCCCGAAUCGCGAUGGCUCCGUGGUGGUGAAGAUGGCAGCUUCCGGGUGUUACGUCGAAGCCCGCGAUGGAAGCUACCAAGCAGUGAUCCAGAUUGAAGGUCUGAGAGCGAACGGACAAAAGACCUCCUAUAAAGAAGUACUGAAAUGCCCAGAGACCUUUCUAGCACUGGAUUCUCCCAGCCCCGGUCUGUGUUCAGCCGUCCAAGCCCCGGACAGACUCCCGUGCGCGGCCUAUCAAGUCAGCCAGGGGGAAUGCGAGGACCUGGGAUGCUGCUACAACUCCAGGGACAGGGUGGCUCCUUGUUACUACGGCAACAAAGUGACAGCCCACUGUACCCCAGAAGGCCAGUUCUCCAUUGCCGUCUCCAGGGACGCGACCCGUCCACCUCUCACCCUGGAUUCGGUGCGCUUGCUGAGCAGCCGAGGGAGAGAGUGCGUCCCUGUAUCCAAGACCAGCACCUUUGUCCUCUUCCGGUUUCCACUUUCUGCUUGUGGGACAAUCUUGAAGACCACCGGAAGCCAGCAGGUCUAUGAGAAUGAGCUGGUGGCAGACAGGCAAGUCCUUGUGUCCCGUUCUGGUUCCAUCACCCGGGACAGCAACUUCAGGGUCACCAUCCGUUGCAGCUACUCGGCGGAAUCCUCCUUGCCGGUCAACGUCCUGGUUGCCACUCUGGCGCCCCCUGCUGCCAUCGCCCAGCAAGGGCCGCUCACCUUGGAGAUGAGAUUGGCCCGAGAUGAGCACUACUCCUCCUACUAUGCCGACCAGGAUUACCCAGUGGUGAAGGUUCUCCGCGACCCGGUUCCCGUUGAAGUCCGCAUCCUCGGGAGGAUGGACCCAGCGCUGCAAUUGGUCCUGCAUGAAUGCUGGGCCACGCCAAGUACCAACCCCCUGCAGAAACCAGAAUGGCCACUGCUUGAAAAUGGAUGCCCCUAUAGAGGAGACAACUACCAAACCCAGCGCGUACCUGUCGGGGAGGACUCAGGGCUGCAGUUCCCCUCCCACCAUCAGCGCUUCAUCGUGAGCACUUUCACUUUUGUGGAACCCGCUUCGCAGAGGAUGCUUACUGGUCCGGUGUAUUUCCACUGCAGCGCCUCAGCCUGUGUCCCUUCAAGGCAGGAGAGAUGUAUCAUCCAUUGUGAGGUGACCACUCCAGGAAGAAGACAAAGAACAGCAGAGGAACAUCCGGAAGAACAGCUGGUCUUGGUGACCUUGGAUGGACCUGUGAACUUUUCCAGCCCUAGAGAGGCAGAAGUGCUGUCUCACCAAGGACUGAAAAUGUUCCCCCAGGACAGCUCAGUUCAGUGGGAUGCUACUGUGGUCCUGGCAUCAGGAAUUGCUGCGGUGGUUGCGGUGGGCGGCCUGGUGGCUGCGGUGCUCAGGGGGUGCCGGGGCAGGCAAGAAAAAAGAUUAUUUUCCCGCGCGUAA